AUGAGCAGCGAGGAAAAGGAUAUCCCACCAAACCACAAACCUGAAAACAGCAACUCCAAACUUACGAUGCUAACACUCAAUAUGGAACAACCCAAGAAGCCAUCUUCCCUUCUCGCAGCCGCGCUCAAGACGGCUUCACCGCAGUUCGCUCAUGACUUGGCGCGGAAUCGACAGCUCGAAACGCCAAGGGCUCCCAUGGUGACGAGUCCACUUCAAGCGAGACGGGCGGUCGAGGAGCGCCUUCCCCCGGCCACCCUGCACCCACGAAUCUCCAUCAUUGGUUCUGUUGACUUUUACAACGACGAGAGCCCUGCUCUGUGUGAUGCCAUCGGAAAGGCAUUGGCCAGACGAGUCCCUGACUGCUGUUUGAUGACAGGUGCCAAUUCCAUCACCCAAGAGAAGACAGCUCUUGCUUUCAAGAAGGAGCUAGAAAGUAAGCAAAGGAGUCCGCGUAUCUUCCACCUAGCCCCGGAAGGAUUCCAGUGCGAUUGGGAGUUCGGAACCCAUCUGACAGCGGGGAGAAGCAUGGAAGAAAGGCGCUUCCUCCUGGCUACCCUGGCUGACAUUUGCAUCUCCAUCGAGGGCGGCCCAGGGACCGUAGAUGAGAUGGAGCAAGCCCUGCAAGCCGGGAAAAUCAUCAUCCCAUUGGGGCGGACUGGAGGCGCAUCCAAUGGAAUGUUCGGAGCCCCCACUGCGCCCAGACCUUCCUGUGUCGAGGAGUCCACUUGGAAGUUGCUUUUUGAUACCGGCGCCAGCAUCCAAAGCUCAGCCGACGCUGUGGUGUCCAUUGUAGAAGCCAUCCUGGAAGGAAACCACCCCAAGAACAACCACAAAACGCCUCGCUUGGCCCAAGACGCUGUGGAGGUUUUGGGAGAAGCCAUUGCCGAUGCCGUCGGCGUCACCUACACGAAACGCCCCACGGUCAGCAAGGACUCGCCCGCGUAUGUGGAACCAACGUUGUCUGGCUGUGCUCACCGGGUCUUUCGGGGGAGUAAUCAUGUCACUUCAGGAGACAGUCUUGGUGACAUUUACUUGGGGCCGAAAUCAGCUGCCGGGCGGUCGGCUUUGUCCGAUUUGCAGGCCGCGAACAUUGGCGGUAUUGUCAAUUGCACAAACACAUUUCCUUGCUACCAUCAAGCCGGCGGAAUCCAAUACUGCACCGUAGCGGUCAACGAUGAAUGCGGGGCAGACAUCUUGACAUUCUUGGACGGAGCCACAAACUUUCUGAACAUGGUUCUCUCGAGAGGCGCCAGCGCAUUGGUGCAUUGCGAAAUGGGAGUUUCUCGCUCCUCCACCGUCGUCAUGGCCUACUUGAUUCGUUUCCGGAACAUGACACGGGACGAAGCAUACCUGCACAUCAAAGCCAGGCGUCCGCAAGCUAGCCCCAAUCCGGGCUUUUGGGAGCAAUUGAAUCAAUUCGAAAAGCGAUGUCGCGGCGGAAAUGAUGGCGCGCCCGAAGAAGGAGGGGCAGUGUUUGAUGCCGAUUGGGCAAAGACUUCAAAUGCCGCGUUUGCGACCUGCCGCGAAACGCCAGAGGUCUUGCGGGCCAACCAAGCCCACCGGCGCCUUCAGGACACGUCGAGUGAAGACCAUGAACAACUACUUUCCGUAUGCCUGGACUUCGUGUGGGGUAGAGGCGUUUUAGAUAUUGACCUGGAUUGGCUCUCUUUCCUUUGCGACGAACUGGACCAACGAAAUGAUAGGGGCUGGUCAGCCUCCACGGUUCGGGGCAUUCUUUUCGAUCAUAACUCUGAAUUUUCAGGCAUAUGGGCUGGGGAAGUAUACGAGCACCAAAUCCAAAAAGUGCUGCGCAAAUUGGAAGGAUAG